CACCACACUGUUUUGAUUUACGAGAAAAAAGUACGCACUUUUUUAAAUUCUAAUUUGCGAUGUCGCUUAACACAGCUUACGCAAGUACAAUACCAGCAGUUUUCAAAAUCGUUGAGAUUAUUCUCAAUAUUAUACUUAUCAUUCUUGUUGCUGUGUCACCGAACUACGUCAUUCCUGGCCCUGGAGGAUGGUUAUUCUUCGUUGCAAUCUUGACUACAUUGAUUUCAUUGUUUUUCUAUUGUAUACACCUUACAAACGCAAUAUACAGGUUUUCCGGGCCUAUGACACUAAUCGAAUUUAUAUGCAUUGCAAUAUGUUCAGGUUUUCAUUUAAUCGCUAUGAUUGUAUGCGCAUGUACAGUAUCAGGUUAUGGGACAGCAAUUGCUGCAGCUGUAUUUUUCGCGAUUAAUUUUCUUCUUUAUGGUGUCGAUGCAUUUUUCUUAUUUGCAUUAUAUCGAGUAAAUGGUGCUUAUUUACACGAACAUACAAAUCCGAAUCCACAAAUUGCUCCAAAAACAAAUACAAUGCCAUCUUAUGAAAAUACAGGCUAUAAUCCACAAUAAAUUUAAUACUCAAUAAAACAAAACACCCUCAUAUACAGAAACAAUAAAUAACUAUAUGUUGAAAAACAAAAUAUUAAACAUUUCAUUAUUAAAUUUUCACACAUUGAAUCAUUCAAUAGAUGAUAAACUUUUCCUCUCCCAAAUUGAACUGACCAUAUCAUAAUUAACUCAACAGCGUAUAUACACAUAUAUUCGUAAUAUUAAAAAAUCAAUUACUUACCGUACAUGCUCUUUUCUAGGCAUGAAAUUGAUCAUAUCAAGAUUGUUAUUUAUACUACUAAUAUUGCUAUGAUGAGUAGUACUACUACUCAUGUCAACUAACAAAUGUAACAUUAAACUUAUAUACAUAUCUACUGGGCUUCCAUUUAUACAUAUCAUAUUACUAAUCAUGAUAAAACUCUUUAUUAUUCUUCAGUAUGAAUAAUAUUCCAUAUUUUUUUCACUUUUGUCCAUCAAAAACAUUCUUCCUAAGCUAUAUAUUAGUUUUAAGCUGCUAUUUUUAAUUGUGAUAUAAAUAUGAGAGUCUUUUUAAAAUCAUUGUUAGUUUUUUUAUUCACUUACUAAUCCAUUCACUUACAAUAAUAAUAAUAAUACUUAUUUUAAUAACAAUACUACUAAUCAUUAUAUGAACAGUAGUAUCAUUAGUAGUAUGUGUAUUUACAACAUUGUUUUUUUCUUCAUUUAUUACCAUCCUAAUGCAUGACAUAAAAAUUAGCUUGUCUAUAAGUAUGUCUAUAUAGAAAAUCAAAUAAUGCGUGAUCUAUUUAACCCGACCUGAUAUUUUUCAUUCUAUUUUUUUAAAUUCAUAAAUUCUAAUUCUAAAUUUUGUAAUUACAAUGAAUGUAAUUCAUAGAAGUUCGCUGUCUUUCCCCUCUCUCUCUCUCUCGCUCUACAUAUCUUACGUUCUUUUGUCCUCUUUCUUCCUUUCUCUUUACUGUUAUUGCUUCAUUUCCAUAUUUCAGACUGUUCAGUAAAAUGCAUUGCAUUCUUGAUUUACUAAUCCUAAUAAUAAUGAUAAUAAUACUCUUUUUACCGCCUUCAUUAUUGUCAUUAUUAUUUGACUGAAAUUUCCCAGCUAUCUAAGUAACAUUUCCUGUAAUGUUUUAUUAUUAAUUAAUUCUAUUUAUUUUCAAUAUGUACUUAGUUAUUUAUUUAUUUAAAUAUAAUUAAAACAAACCUAUUGGUGUUUUAUCAUAUGAACAUGAUUGAAGAAGUUCCAUGAUUCGAGACAACGAGGGAAAAAAGAAAAGAAAAGAAAGAACAAAUUAAAUAAUUUCAAUCUACUGCUGGUAAGCAAUCCACUUCUGAUGCCUAUUAUGUACUACUUAUAUCUGUCUACAUAAGUAGCGCACACUAAUACUACAAAUGUAAUGAUAUACAAUAAUUAAGAUUUAGAAAAAGUAUAACACUUAUGUUUACUUUUUCAACUUCUUGCCAUUUGAUUAAACAUUCGAGUGUUAACUGUGUUAAUCAUUACGUAUUAAAACUAAUAGAUGUUCUUUAUGUAGUAUCUGAACAAAUUUUGAAUAUAUUCUGCAUGUAAGGAUGAAAUUCUUCAAUGAAUGAAGCCAAGGCACAAUAUUGACUUAUGAAUUAAUCGAAAAUUUUCCAACGGUAAAUUCUCUGUUCUGUAAAACAUUGAAGCCAGUCUAUAGUUAACAUGAAUUACCUUUUAGAGAAGACAGACGGAAAAAAUGAAAACACAAUUAUCCCUGUUAUGUAUUAUAUUAUUCCUAAAAAUGACUUCAUACUUAGGACUGAAUUUUCGCACCACCAUUGUUGGCGUCUAUCCUAACUACCUCAAUUGAGCCAUUCAUCACUUGACUUUAUUAAGGAAAAUAUUACGCAUAGCUAACCACUGCCUACUUUAAUGGGGUAUGUUUUCUGGUGUACGAGGAGUUUGGAAGAAAGCUAGCAGUGACCAAACAAAGGUAUGACAUCAGUCAGUGAAGUCAUAGGUUUUUGAAAAUUAAAGAUCCAUUUACAAUAUAAAUGCAGGGUGUUUCAUUAGAGAUUGCCAUUUCAGUUGUAAACAUCAUAUUAAUUUUACACAAGACGUUUCUGUUGUAACUAAUUUAGUAGUCAUUUUGAGUUGGAAUAUGUUUUAGUGUAUUCUAAAAUGAAUUGAUUACGAAAUAUGUUAGUGAUACGACAAAUAAUUGUCAUCAGAAUGUACUAGUAGUCUUGAGGGACAUGGUGUUCCCACAAGAGCUCUAUGCUGUAUUACACUGCUUAACAGUCUGAGCUGUUGCUAUUAAGCUUUUGGAGUUACUUUUCUAUGAUAAAACUGAUAUAUUUACGAGUAAAUGAUCACUGACUAUUGUCUACUACAAAGUUUAGCUAAUCCCGUUGUGCUAAAUAAACUCUAUCAAAUACGAUGUAGCACGUUCACAUGGUUCACAUGAUUCGACAUCACAUGUACUAUAUUUAGAUGUCAAGUAAUUACGUAUGAAACUUGGAAUUUAUUUUGUUGAAAAAGUAGCAACUAGACAACAGCUGCUUUGUUCAAAGAAGGAUUUUUUUAUGUGAUAUUUAAUAUAAUACCUCACUGAAUUGCUGAGAAUUCAGCCGAAACCGUAUCUACAUUGGUAAACAAAAGCUAUAUUAUUUCUGGGCCCCAAUACAAAAAAAAUGAAUCUGCGCUUGUCAAGAUAGUGUGUAGCCCGCAAAAUAGUUUUUAAAGCUCUAGAGUGAAAUGACUAUCCAGUGUGUUCAAAUUUUAUAAUGGUUAUCAAACAAUAGUCGGUUCAUAAUCUACAGAAAGUACUCUCAAACGUUGAACUAAGAUUAACCAAAAAUAACUUAUAUUGAAGUAGAAAGUGGAAGUCGAUUUGAUUUGAAUUUUUAAGGUAUUGGGAUAGUUAAAUAACAUUAAACGAAGUGAACUCUAUUAAAACUAUAACCAGUGAAAGAGUUUACAACAAUGUCAUGAGAAAUUGUCAAUAUCAUGAAAUUAUAACUGGAAUUUCAAAGUUUCCCCAUGUGGAGUACUUGGUGAACUUAAUGAAAAACAUGUUACACAUUUAUAUUUUACAUCUUAACUGAUACAAAGAAAUACUGAUAUAUUUAUAAUGAGAGGUCUGUCUAAAUUUCAAAGUAUGAUUUUUGUGGUCGGAUACCUUACUCCAGUAAUAUCGUAUGACUGCUUGUUAUUGAGAUAUACAUAUCAUCAAUCCUCGUAUAUAAUUAUCGACUUACCUCGUGUCAGUGUAUAACGCAAUUAAAUAAGUCAAAUACGAGAAUGAAGUUUUGAAUAUGUUCAUUUCGUACAAUCGUUGAUCUGCACAGACAAUUGGAGGGAUGGAGCGAAGGAAGCGAAUAGGUGACAAGAGAAUAGGCUCACAUGUGUUCUCCACUGCGCGUCAUUCCGUUUCUCUCCUCUCUCUGCUAUACGCUUCCUUCGCUCCUUCUCCCCAAUUGUCUGUGCAGAUCAACAAUUGUAUGAAAUGAACAUAUUCCAAAUUUCAUUCUCGUAUUUGACUUAUUUAAUUGCGUUAUUCACUAACGUGAAUUAAAUCGAUAAUUAUAUACGAGAGUAGCCAGGAUGUAUAUUUCGACAGCAAUUAUUUGAUAGCAAUCAGAAACGAUCCACAUUGAGUCAGAUAUAGGGUCACUAAAUAAUAACAGA